AUGUUCCUCGAUACACACAACCCUAAAUCUCUCCUCUCACAGAUUCUCAUCCCUCGACCACCAGAUACAGACAACAGCCGCAAGGUGCGCGAAGCGAUCCUCGAUGUCUUUCGCACACAGCUCGGUGCCAUCGACUCGACCUCGUUUUCAUCCAUGGACUGGAAGACCGAGGGCAAGCUCGGGUGGCAUCUGGAGCAGCACGAAUUCGUCGCGGAUACACCAGAGGGAAAAAAGAAGAUGACCAAUUUGAUUCUGACCAAGAACCCAGCCGCGCCUCGCAAGCUGGUGGUCUCGGCGCAUUAUGACUCGAAGUACUUUGCUGCAUCUUCUGGGAUGGCUGAUUUUGUAGGUGCUACGGACAGCGCUGCACCGUGUGCGAUGAUGGUAGAUCUGGCGGUGGCGCUCGACGAUGCACUGGAUGCACGCGAACGCAAGGUCCACGAACAGGAGCAGUCUGAUCCGUCCAUCGCCCAGGAGACGACGCUGCAGCUCGUGUUUUUCGAUGGCGAGGAAGCCUACCGUGUCUGGACGCACGAAGACUCGAUCUACGGCUCCAAGGAGCUCGCCAAGCAGUGGACGAGCACGUUCUGGGACGCGUCGCAGUACGACAAAAGUCGCACUUCGCAUGCCCCCAAGCUCACAGCCCGCAGGUACCGUAGCACGUAUGGUCCCAUCGAGCACAUGAACACCAUCGAACACAUGAUCUUGUUGGAUCUGCUAGGGGCAGCGAACCCAAGCGUGCCCUCGUACUACGAUAGCACCAAGUGGCUGCACACGGCCAUGACGGACGCAGAGACGCGGUUGAAGGAGGCCAAGGUGCUGUGGCCUGCCAGUGACACGGCACACCAGAACGCGCAGUCGUUCUUCUCGCAAAGGAAGCCCUGGGGAGGGAUUGAGGACGACCACCUGCCAUUCUUGCAUGCAGGUGUGCCGAUUCUGCACGUCAUCCCAUCACCAUUCCCAUCGGUGUGGCAUAAACUCUCGGACGACGCCACGGCUCUCGACUAUCCUACCAUGCAUGCGUGGUCGAUGAUCCUCCGUCUGACCGUGGCAGAGUAUUUGGAUCUCGACGUUGCGGCAGUUGCGCAGCGCCGAGGAAGUGGGCCAUUCGGUGAGUCUUCCAACGCUUCGAGGGGAGAUUCGAGAUCGUCCAAGGUCGAGCUGUGA